AGUAAAAGUUUCCCCAUUGCUGUGUCAAGAGGAUUAUUCUCACGCGAAACAUUCGGGAUAGAUUUCUCAUAUAGUUUUCCUCCUCAUUUUUAAUUACACUCAAUCGCCCCCAAGCAAGUGAUAUCCUUCCUAUGGUGUAGUAUUUGGUGAAGAAGCUUGCGGGUGCGAUUCGGUGGCCACGGGAGCGCCAAUAAUCUCGGGGCUGUGCGAGUUUUUCCCUUAAACCACCCCCCAAAAUAGCAUCACUCAAUAUUAGCGCAAGAUAGAUGAGAGUGUGGUGCAAAACCCUUUCUAGCUGUGGUGGCCAAAUUGCUCAUUAGUGCUGUAGUCCCGCGGCCCAGGGACAGGAGUCCGUGAGCGCACCGUGUGUGGUGAGCGGCAAAGAUUGGACGAGUUUGUUCGGCACCGCAACCCGGAAGAAGUCAACAAGAUAUCCGGGAUAGACGAAGAUUGGCGGGCUGAACGGCCCAUGGUGCAGAGAGCUUCGACGGAGGCCCCAUCCAUAUCUGGGGGGCACCGUGAGUCUCGCAUGGGACUCGGCAUUGGAUAUGCUGCCUAUCAGAGUGGAUACAAUAAAUUAUUUACCCAGGGAUCUGCUGAUUCGAACUAUUCUCAGCCUUCAUCCGAUCUGUCGCUGGACGAGGAAAAGGAAUCGCUUCGGCGAGAGAAAGAGCGACAGGCUUUAGGGCAGUUGGAAAAGGCGAGAAACAAACCAGUAGCUUUUGCUGUAAGGACCAAUGUCUCAUACGAUGGCAGCGUCGACGAUGAUUCUCCAGUUCAUGGCAGUGCAGUGUCUUUCGAAGUCAGGGACUUCCUGCACAUUAAGGAAAAGUACGACAAUAAUUGGUGGAUUGGCCGACUGGUUAAGGAGGGCUGUGAUGUGGGGUUUAUACCCAGUCCUGUUAAGCUAGAGCAUAUUCGAAUGCAGGCGUCUGCGGCCCGAUCUUCAAGACUGUAUGCAACCAAAGGUUCGUCGAGUGGUAAUUUGGGGGGCCCUGGAGCACAAGGUGCGGAGCCCUCACGAGGUAGCACACCCCCAACACCUGGAGAUGAGUCCGACUCGAUGGGACCGUCGCGGCACGUGAAGACGCCCCUAGCCACGCCACCCACGAAGGAGAAGCGGAAGCCCUUCUUCAAGAAGCAGGAGACAUCAUCGCCCUACGACGUGGUGCCGUCGAUGCGGCCAGUGGUUCUGGUGGGACCGAGCUUAAAGGGAUACGAGGUGACGGACAUGAUGCAGAAAGCCCUCUUUGACUUCCUCAAGCAUCGCUUCGAAGGACGCAUCAUCAUAACGCGCGUCAUGGCUGAUAUAUCACUGGCGAAGCGCUCCCUCAUGAACAACCCCUCUAAGAGGGCCAUCAUGGAGCGCUCCAACAGUCGCUCUUCGUGUCUGGCCGAAGUGCAGGCCGAGAUUGAGCGAAUAUUCGAAUUGGCCAGGACUCUUCAAUUAGUUGUACUCGAUUGUGAUACUAUAAAUCAUCCGUCACAGCUAGCAAAAACUUCUUUAGCGCCAACUAUAGUUUACUUAAAAAUUAGUAGCAGUAAGGUUUUACAGCGAUUAAUUAAAUCACGCGGAAAAGCGCAGGCUAAGAAUUUGUCAGUACAAAUGGUGGCAGCAGAAAAACUGGGACAGUGUCCGCCAGAAAUGUUCGAUGUGAUAUUAGAUGAGAAUCAAUUGGAGGAUGCAUGUGAACAUAUUGCGGAGUAUCUUGAGGCUUACUGGAGAGCAACUCAUCCUCCACAACGGCCAAAUACUCAAGUACCAAGACCACUACCAUCUCAGGAAGCUUCACCAUCAGCUGACCAAUCUCACAUGGGUCCAACACCUCCAGCAGAUAGAGAAAGAGACACAUACAGUACACGAAAUGAUAGAGACAGAGAACGAGGUGCAUCCUAUCAUCACAACAGGAGAUCACUAGCACGGCAUGAUCGCGAGCGCGAACGCGAGCGAGAGCGACUGCACGCGAGGGAGCGCGAUAUGGUGCACUACGAUCUUAACGACGAUGAUCUCCUGAACGAACGCGGCUACGGCGUGGACUACCCACCCAGGACGAGCCACCACAUGUCCCACCGCCAUCCGGACGAUGGCGGCGAGCUGAUGCGCGAACCGCGCGAUCGGUACAUGGCGCAGGAUCGCGGCUCGCGGCGCGACCGCGACGACUACAGCCCGCACAGGAGCAGCGGCAGCAGUAGAAGGGUGCUCAACGCCAUGUAGGAAUCGUGGAUUUAGGGGUGGGACCAGAGCGAUCUCGAGAGUGCCAAUGAGUUUGAGUGAGUGGGAGACGGACUUCCGCUCACUUGAUCCUCAUUGACUGAUCGUCUAGUCCCAUUCCUUCAUCCAACCCGAUUUGCGCCAUCCUCAGCUUCAUCACGCUAGCGUAUCAGGCACUAGUCGGCGCGCCUGACGCCCUAUUUCUACGCGAAACACUCUCGAUUUGCAUGAAAUAAUCACGGGUGCUCGAGACUCUUCGACUACUGCACUGAUUCACAAAUCUCAAAAUCACCUUUGGUGAGUAAUGGACUUGAAUUGUAACCAUAUAUAAGAUUCCAUAUAUCCAACAACCUGAAAUUGCAAACUGACACAUUUCAAAAAUAUCUAAAAUCAAAAAAUCCAUUACUUACUAAGGGAAUCAACAAAAAAAAACAAUCUAGACUCCUAGAGAAUAAGAAAAAAUAUUUCUGCAAAAUAUUCUAACCAAAAGAAAGGAUAAAUCGAGAUAAAUUCACGCAUUAGUUUUAUGGUUUCAUUGUAAAUAACUAUAAAGAUAAAUUAGAAAUUAUUUUCAAAGUGAAGAUGGAGAAGAAAACGUUAUUCUGAAAGCUUUAAACGAGGCUUAUGGAACCAAAAGAACAACGGGAGGCAUUUUCUUAAAAAAAAAAAUUAUAUCGCGCGACAGAAAAACCCUCCAAGAAAAUAGCUUCAAGACACAACAAACUAGAAUAUAAUCACCAUAAUGCAACUUCAUUUUCUGCCAUUCACACACUCUCAAAGAGAAUGAAAGCAAUAACAAUGUCUAAAAAAAACUUUUUAAAGAGCAUCACAAAAACGACGAAUUCGUAUGAAUUAGAAUUCAUCAGCAAUAGAAUUUUUUGGCUCUGUUGGAAAACUCUGCGGAAAAUCAUGUGCCAAAAUCACUCAAAAAAGGUUGCAAAAGCAUAAAACGUAAUUUAAAAGGGGGGUAGAAAAGUGUAAUUUGAACAUUUUUACACACAGUUACAGUCUUUUUUCCACAAGCAUUUUCUUCUUUUCCACCAUCGACAUUUACUCUAAUAAUACUGUACAUGAGAGCUUGUCUAAAGACCUUAGAAUUAAUCAAUAACUUGUAGCUGCUGUAAAAUAGACAAUUCUAUCUCUUAAUUGAUUUUAUGAAUUAUCCAUUGUUUCUUACGAGAAAAUUCAUUUUCCAAUUGACUUUGUGACGAAGAAGAAAAUUAGAAUAUCACCGAUGAAAACAUACGCACGUAAAGAGGAGAUAUGAAGAAAAUUAAUAGACAUAAAAUAAUGAAAAAAAAAACGUUGUAAAUGUUACAAAAGUAUUCCCCCUUUUCCAAGAUUUAUUCUCUUAAUUACCAUGUUAAGAUUAGCUGUAAAGACAUCCAAAAAAACUGAGUAAUAUCUAUACAUUUAUAAAUUCUACAUAGGAGAUAAAAAAAAACUUAGAUAGAGAAUGAAAAAUUUUAUUGAAAAAAAAGAUUAAUGAAAAGAUAAUUACAUUAGCAAAUAUGUUUUCACAGCCAAUUAUUUCACGAGGACUUUUCUCUACUUUAAAAUUCUCUUUUUCGCCAUAUAUUAAUAAAACCGCAGAUCAUCAAGAAUAACGGUAGACUUCUUUCUACAAUAUUAACUACUUUUUUCUCCACAAUAUCCUCGUGAUUAUAGGAUAUGUAAAAUUAUUAGAGACGUAAGAUGUAUGUUCUAUCCCUUUUGUCGCUCUUUUAAAAACAAUUUUAAAAUGGUUGAAAAAAGAAGAAAAAAAACAAAAAUUGUGAUUAAUUGUAAAGCUACCAAUUGCCUUGCACUUAACAUUAUUCAUUUUGUAAAUAUAUUUAAAAUAUUUAUAUGAUUAUAUUGAUGAAUGGUGAAAAACCUGGCGUUUUAUGAUAAAAAACCCAACAUCUCGUGAAACAGACAAGAGUUUACCAGUUAAAAAAUUUACCCGAGAAUGGUUAAAAUCAAGAAAAAAAAAACCUAUGAACGUGUUUGAAGUAAAAAAAACUACAUCUUUUACAUAAUGCUAAAAAAUACACUCUAAAAAUAGAUAGUUCAAUUUUUGAAGAAUGAAGUGAAAGAAAAUCAUCUUAAAAAUAACUUUUGGCGAUGAGAAAGUGGCAAGAAUAGAAUCAUUGGGAGUGACAAUGUCGAGGAAACCUCUCCUAAACAAUGUAUUGUAAAAAGAAAAAUGUUUUGUUGUGUGUGAAAGACAAGCAAAUGAUAAACUCCAUCGUAAUUCCUUUUCUCAAAAGAUAAAACUUCAAAGUAAGGUGCUUAUUUUCUACUGUACAGCAUCACUUUUCUCUAAUUUUCACAGGAAAAAAAUGAAUUAAAUAGCAAAGAUAAAUAAUAAAAAAAAAUGAAAUGCAAAUCUCUCCCCUAAGCUCGACUCGAAGUGAAGAAAGAAAUCUCUUAAGCGAGAAUUGUGUAAAAAAUAAGCGCCUCUCUUUUUUACACGACUUGUGGUGUACUGAUAUAACUUUUAAGAUAUUAUUCGUGGAAGUUGGUGAAGAAAAAAUGUGCAAAGAUUUAUAAAAAUGGAAAUCUCUCUAACUGAAUUGAAAGGAUAACCAAAAAAAAAUAGUCACUCAUCCAUGGAAUACUGUAUAUUGCGUUAUAAGGACCAAAUUAAACCUUCUUUUUAAAAUAUUAUAUUUAGAUGACAAAAAAAUCGAUUAAAGUGUUAUAAAUAUGGGUAAAAGAAAGCCACUUGUAAUUAAUAAUUCGGAAAUAAUGUAAUGUUACUUUUAAUCUCUGUUUUUAUUUCAACAACAUAAAUUAUAUAUUGUAAAAUCUACUAUGGAUUAACGAUUAUAAACCAAGAGGUGAAGGAAGAAGCAUUUGUAUUGAUUAAAUGCAAUCACAUAAACUAAAUGAAAAGAUCAUAAAUAUGGAGAUAUUGUCGCAAAAUGGAGAGUCUUUGGGGAGUAUAAAUUGUGUCGUCGUGAUACAAGUAAUACAUUGAGCGAAGUAAGUACUAUUGUACUUGACUAGUAGCAAAUAAAAGGAAGUCUAAUAGGACAA